ACACACACGCACAUGUGUGUGUGACUCAGUGUGGUACAGCAGCACAGCCAGUCAGAACACAUCUUCACUAACACCAGAGCAGGACUGGACCCUCUCUGGACCUCACCAGCCAUACCUGGACCAAUGACCGACACUAAGGGAUACCAGUAACUCUUCUUCCUGUUCUCAGAAACUUUUAUCCAAAGGGAUUUGAACCUGGGACCUCUCGUUUGGGACUCAAAUGCUCCACGACCGAGCUGUACACAUGAAGAUUAUCAACAAAUAACCAUGGAUGUUAACAGAUGUGUAUCAACGUUAAUGGACGUUUUCCCAAUCACGAAACACCACAACCAAAACACCACAACCGAAACACACGUCUCUGUCUGCACGCUGCUUCGUAACGGAGCUCCCUUGGCCACAGUUCGAUCAGAGUGACGGGACACGUGAGAGGGGACGAGUCCAUGUGCUCUGGAAUUUAACUCCAAGGUAACGCUCCAACACGUGGAAGGAGAGGACACCGGCUGCUGGAGAGACAGACACGUAUGUACAACUCUCACACACGCAAGCGGGAAACCCACUCCUACAACAGCAUUAUGGGAUGUGGAAGUGGAGCCCAGAGUGACUGAGAGAGAGUGAGGGCUCGGUGUCAACACAGAACAGCGUCAGCAUCCAUCUUGGCUCACAGGACUACAGAAAACGGACUACAAAUCCCACAUUCAGGAAACACAGAUUCAGGAAAGACUACAGCUACACCUGUACCCUCUCUUGCCCUCUCAGCUUCUGACCCCUGACCCCCCCUCCCAGCCAUGACCCCGCACAGCGGCCCCCACCUCAACAAGGGGGCGCUCUGCUCCCCUCUCGGAGCCGCCCGUCUCUCUCAGCUCGCCCUGGGCUGCGCCGUGGUCGCCAUGGUGACGCACAGCGCCGGCUACAGCGGCUCGUACGGCGUGUUCUGCAUGGCGGUGUGGUGCUUCUGCUUCGCCGUGACAACACUGGUGUUCUUCCUGGACGCCACGCGGCUGCACACCUGCCUGCCCGUCUCUUGGGACAACCUGACAGUCGCCUUCGCUGCCCUGGCAACACUCAUGUAUGGGACAGCCUCGGUGGUGUACCCUGUGUUCUUUGUCCGCUCCGAGUGCCCAUACGCCGGCUGCGAGGUCCGGGACUUCCGCAUCGCCGUGACGACCUGCUCCAUCGCCGGGACGCUGGCGUACGGUGCCGAGGUGGUUCUGUCCAGAGCCCGGCCCGGACACACCGUGGUGGGAUACAUGGCCACGGUCUCCGGCCUGCUCAAGGUGGUCCAGGGCUUCGUGGCGUGCAUCAUCUUCGGCGCCCUCGCCAACGGCAGCGAGUACUCCCGCCACGCCGCCACCGUUUACUGUGUGGCCGUGUACGCCGCCUGCUUCGCCCUCACCACGCUGGUGGUGGUCCUCACCGUGUCCGGCCGUACCGGCGCUGUGCGCUGCCUGCCGUUCGAGCGUCUGGUGGUGGCCUACACCCUCCUGGCCGUCCUGCUCUACCUCAGCGCCUCCGUGGUGUGGGCGGUGUUCUGCUUCGACAGGAAGUACGGUUCUCCGGAGCGGCCGGCGUGGUGCCCGCGGGGCCGCUGUGCCUGGGACAGCCAGGUGGUGGUGGCGGCGUUUAGCUACGUCAACCUGCUGCUCUACCUGACUGACCUCGCCUACUCUCAGAGGACACACCUCAUGCUCACGCACUCACCCCGCGUCUAGAGCCAGACCGCCUGGGAACGGAACGGAAUGGAAUAGAAAACAAUAGAAUAGAAUGGAACGGAACGGAAGAUUGAAACGGAAUGUCUGAUGACAGAAGAGACUGAAAAGGAAUUCUAAGGGACGGAAUGAAGGAGAAUGGAACUGAUAUGCAGAGAACAAGAGUUGAACAGAACUCUGUAACAACACACUCCAACGCAACAGGACAGAAAUGGAGUAUCAACAGAAGCAUGUGAUCUGCCUUUAGGUGGUCGUGUACGUGUGUGUAGUCUCAUUUCAGGGGGCAUGAAUAAAUAGCCAGUGUGGGUUGA